AUGGUUCUGACUGUAGAGGCUCUAUCGUGUGGUAACCAUGACACGAUUGCCAAGGCAACCCGAGAGGACAACCAGUUCAAGGUCCUCAAACAAGUCAUAUGCCAGGGUUGGCCACAGGAUAAGGGAGAUGUGCCUUUUGAAGCACUACCAUUCUGGGACUAUCGUGACGAACUUUCUACAUACAACGGAGUUGUAUAUCGUGGGGAACGUGUGUGCAUUCCUACUGACCUGAGGGCGGCAACCCUCAAAACAAUUCAUAGUUCACACUUGGGGAUCGUCAAAUGCAAACAGAGAGCCAGGGAAUUAGUUUUUUGGCCUGGCAUGAAUAAGCAGAUAGAGGACGUUGUAGGUAGAUGCAGUGCAUGUCUCACGUACAGGAACAAGAUGCCCAGGGAACCGAUGAUAAUCCACCCUGUGCCAUCACUCCCAUGGAGCAAGGUAGGGACCGAUCUUUGCGAGCUCAAUGGCAAAACCUACCUGGUGCUAGUUGACUAUUAUUCCAAUUUCAUUGAGGUAGCACCACUUAAAGAUACUAGGACAAGUACAGUCAUUAGACACAUGAAGGAAAACAUUGCCCGUUACGGAAUCAUGGACACUCUAGUCAGCGACAAUGGUCCACAGUAUUCGAGCGCAGAAUUCAAGGCAUUCACGUCUGUCUAUGGAAUCAACCACCUUAUGUCAUCUCCAUUACAUCAGCAGGCAAACGGAUUGGCGGGGAAGGCAGUCCAAAUGGUAAAAAACAUCAUAAAGAAAUGCACAGAAUGCGGGGAUGACAUAUAUUUGAGUUUGUUAGAACUACGUAACACACCGCGCGAUGAGGAGACAGGUUCUCCAAUGCAGAGACUGAUGGGAAGACGAGGGAAGACUCUCUUACCUAUUACACCGAAUCUCCGGAAACCUCAAGUUUCUGACCCGAGUAAGGUGACAUCAAAACUUGUGGCUCACCGCCAACAGCAGAAAUAUUAUUAUGACUGGAAUACGAAGGACAGGAAAGAAAUCGGACCUGGUGACGCGAUUCGUAUUCAAACCCCUUCAGGGUGGAAACCUGCCGAAGUUGUAGGGAAAGCAAGAACACCACGAUCAUAUAUCGUCAAAGCAGGCGACAGCGCGAGAGAAUACAGGCGCAAUACAGAACACCUCAUGAGAACGCGUGAAGAACCGCACAAAAUCGUCGCGAAUGAACCAAAGGUCGCGCAGCCAUACAGUUUAGUGCCAGGAAACCAAAACCCAAAGAUACAUGUAGCACCAGACGCGAUCGGUUCAGGAUACGCGCCGUGUAGUCCAAGAAGAGACAGUAGCACAAAAUGUGUUAACCCUCCAAGGGAUGUGCCAAAGGUCGCGAAAAACGAGAUCCGAACGCGGUCGGGACGCGAGAGUAGGAAACCAAAAUACCUUGAUGACUUUGUAAGGAUAUAG